AUGAUGUUCUGCUCCACGCCUUCCCACCACCACCAGAAAGUACUUGACCCACCGCCGUCCACCGUCAACGCCACUAACUUCAACACCGUACUCGAACUCAAACAAAUACACGCACUUCUCGUCAAAACCCAAAGCCAUCACUCUCUCCCUCUCACUCGCGUCGUUCUCAUCUGCGCCCUCACCAACCAUUUUUCUUAUGCUCACAAAAUCCUCCACCUCUCACCAAACUCCCAAGAACUCUUUCCAUGGAACUUCUGCCUCAAACAUUUUGCCGAAGGGGAGUCCCCUCACGACGCCAUCACUCUCUUCCGUCGCCUCCGCCAAAUGGGUACUCCAAUCCCUGACCACUUCAUGUGUUCCUUCGUUCUCAAAGCCUGUACUCGUGUUUCCGACAUUCAAACUGGGAGAAUCAUUCAUGCCUUCGCGGUGAAGCUUGGGUUAACAGCUAAUUUGGUUUUGCAAAAUAUGAUUAUGCAUUUGUAUGCAGUUUGCGGGGAGAUGAGUGAUGCGCGCCUUAUGUUCGAUAAAAUGCCUCAGCGAGAUGUUGUUACUUGGAACAUAAUGAUAAGUCAGUUGGUUAAGGCGGGUGACUUCCGUGUCGCUUAUGGUUUGUUUUGUGUGAUGCCGGAGAGGAAUGUGAAGACAUGGACGUCCAUGAUUUCGGGGUUUGUCCGGUGUGGGAAGUCGGAGGAAGCUGUAGGGUUGUUCUUGGAGAUGGAGAGGGAAGGUUUGAUGCCAAAUGAGGUGACCGUGGUGGCAGUUUUAGCGGCUUGUGCUGAUUUGGGUGACUUGGAGCUUGGCAAGAGUGUUCACCAGUUCGCAGAUCGGAGUGGGUUUCAUGGGAAUGUACAUGUUUGUAACACACUGAUUGAUAUGUAUGUGAAGUGCGGAUGCUUGGAAGAGGGUUACAGAGUUUUUGAAGCCAUGAGAGAACGAAGAACUGUUGUAUCGUGGUCGAGCAUGAUAGCAGGGUUUGCGAUGCACGGUUAUGGAGAGAAGGCUCUAGAAUUGUAUGAUGAGAUGAUUGGAUCAGGUGUGGAACCAAAUCAUGUGACAUUCAUUGGGCUCCUCCAUGCUUGUAGCCACAUGGGAUUGGUCGAAAAGGGUCGAGAGUUUUUCGCCACCAUGACCAGAGCAUAUGGAAUAGUGCCUAGGAUUGAGCAUUAUGGUUGCUUGGUUGAUCUCCUGAGUCGCGCAGGACUAUUGAAAGAGGCUCAUGAGGUUAUCAUAAACAUGCCUAUGUUGCCAAAUGGGGUCAUUUGA